UCAAUUAGAAACUUGUCAUUCAACAUCUGGCUCUAAUAUUUUUCUUGGCACAGAUUCACAUCUCAAUUUUUUGCUCGAGCACACUUUUGUUCGUUAAAAUUUUUUCUAACGUCUUUCCAGAACACAAUUUUUCAAACGAAAUUUGAAUGGAUUUCCUCGCGCUUUCCGGUCGCGCGCCUCCGUGACACUCGUUACUCUCGGGUGCGGUUACUCGUCGUGACGUCACUGUCUGUCUGUCAUUUUUUGGUCGCUUCAAGACUUGGUCACACUUUUAAUCGCUGAAUUUUAUUAGUUUCCGUGCAUUUUCACUGUUAUUUCAAUAGCUACGCAAAAGUAUGCGGUGUAAUACGACUUACCAACUAUUAAUUUGCCUUAUUUUUGUGGUAUUUGCAGUUGAAAAAGCGCUCGCCAUCAAAUGUUGGGAAUGUCGCAGCGAUAACGACCCAAAAUGCUCAGAUCCCUUCGAUAACAGCACCCUUUCCAUCACGGAUUGCCGCCAAGUCGAGCCAAGGGAACAUUUGCCGGGCGUCAAAGCCACCAUGUGUCGCAAAAUCCGUCAAAAAGUUCAUGGUCAAUGGAGAUACAUCAGAAGUUGCGCAUUUAUUGGCGAACCCGGAAUUGAAGGAGACGAGAGAUUCUGUCUCAUGAGAACUGGCACGUACAACAUUUUCCUCGAGUACUGUACUUGCAACAGUAAAGACGGAUGCAACACAGGCGCCUUGUUAGACAAAAAAUUAUGGCUUUUACUUGGUUGCGUGUCAGCUGUCAUUCUACAAAUCCUAAGAAACAAAUAAGAAAACUUCCAAAUAGCAUAGAACAAACGCGAAUCUCAAUCAAAAACCGUCCAAUAUAUUGAAGAUUAUCAAAGAAACGAGAAAAAAUUCAUCACCGUGCCGUCCAAAAUUAAGUAUUAAAGUACAUUCCUACUUUUUAUCUACGACAAAUCAACAGAAACGAUGCCUUAGUGUUAACUUUAAGAUAAAAGUUAGUUAUUUUUUUAACAAACGACGCACAAAUUUUAGUUUUAUUAAAAAUUUGUAGACAAUAAA